AAGUGUUGGCACACUACAACCCAGCACUCCCUCUGAGACGUUAUGUGAUGCAUCACCGUUUGGACUGGGAGCAGUCCUAUCACACAUAUUCCCAUCAGGAGAAGAGAGACCCAUAGCGUUCGCUUCUCGUACCUUAAACAUAGCUGAGCGAAACUUUUCCCAAAUAGACAAGGAAGCUCUCGGCAUUGUCUGGGGAAUCAAGAAUUUCCAGAUGUACCUGUAUGGUCGUCAUUUUUCACUACUGACAGAUCAUAAACCCCUUGUGUCUAUUUUCCACCCACAAAAGGGAGUACCACUUACCACAGCCGCUCGAUUGCAGCGUUACGCUUUGUUCUUGUCGGGAUUGGACUACUCCAUAGAAUACCGCAACACAGCCCAGCAUGGAAAUGCAGACGGACUUUCACACAUGGUAUUACCUUUGACUGGCGAUGGUGAGGAUGAAGAGGCUGAAUUCCUCGAUUCUGCACAUGUAUUCCAUAUUGCUCAACUGGAAGCUCUACCAGUGUCAGCAGAUGAAGUGAAGCGACGCACAGCUCGUGAUCCAGUGUUAGCACGCGUGUAUGAAGCAACCAUGCGUGGUUGGAACGACUCAACUGACCAGGAUCUUCAACCCUAUUUUUCACGCAGAAAUGAGAUAACAGUUCACCAAGGAUGCCUCCUUUGGGGAAUCCGUGUGAUAAUUCCUGAGCCUCUAAAACAGGACAUUCUCCUCAUGAUUCAUGAAGGACAUUUGGGAAUGGUAAAGAUGAAGAGUUUGGCUAGAAGCCAUGUAUGGUGGUCAGGCAUCGAUGCAGAGAUAGAAGAGUAUUGUAAGAAAUGCAGUGGAUGUAAUGAAAACCGCAACUUACCUCCUGAAACUCCUAUUCAUCCGUGGGAAUAUCCAGAAAAACCAUGGCAAAGGAUCCAUGUGGAUUUCGCAGGACCCUUCAUGAGUGCGAUGUUCCUAAUAGUGGUUUAUGCCCAUUCAAAAUGGCCCGAGGUAAUUAAAAUGAACAAAACAACAGCAUCCAAAACUAUAGAAGUUCUUAGGACAAUAUUUGCUCGAAAUGGUUUACCUGAGCAUCUUUUAAAUGAUAAUGGUCCACAGUUCGUUGCUGAUGAGUUCCGACACUUUAUGAAAAGCAACGGUAUUCGACACACGACCUCUGCACCAUACCAUCCAAAGACUAACGGUUUGGCUGAAAGGUUCGUGCAAACCUUCAAGAAUGCCAUGAAAGCAUCAAAAGGAGAUGAAGGAUCAUUACAAAAGAAACUAUGUAAUUUCUUAAUUGCAUACCGAAAAGCUCCUCAACAGGCAACAGGUGAAACUCCUGCCAGACUAUUCGUUGGAAAACAUCUGACAACCAAAAUUGACAGAUUGCGACCAGAUGUGACAAAGACCGUAGCCAAGAAUCAGGACAGGAUGCGUGAGAAAAUUUCUUCACCUCCGAGGCAAUGCAGUGUUGGAGAUUCAGUACUAGUCAGAGAUUACAGAGGUGAUCAGAAGUGGACCAGAGGAGUCGUAAGUGAGCAGACAGGACCUGUAUCAUACAAAGUGGACGUGACACCUAGAAGUGAAUGGAGGAGACAUACUGAUCAAAUCAUAAAAUCAGCAGCUAAUUCAAAUGACGCACCAGUACAGCAGCCUGAUGUAGAAACUCAUUUGGACGUGCCAGAAUCGAUAGCGGACAAGAGCUUGCACAGUACUCAGCCUCCACAGAACACAGGAAAAUCCCGUGAGAAACCAGAAACUACCAGUAAUCCAAAAACGCCAAUCCGUCAAAAUCCACCUAGAAACCGAAGGGCUCCUGAGAAGCUGAAUUUGUGAUAAUGUGAAUGAUAUUAGGGGCAUAAUAAUCCCCAGAUAAUAUUCUCAGGGCAGGAAGUCCUGAUGUUGUGUCAUUAUUGUUAUAUAUCCAGUUAAUUCAGUAUUGGUUGACAUUCUAGUCAUUACAGCAUAAAUCAGCAUAAUAAGUAUUUUGAUAUACAUGUGUGUGACUUUGUUUACAAAUUAUUGUUCAUGUGCUCUUUGUGAAUUUAAAUGUUUUACAAACUUUGUAAUAAACAAAGAAUACUUCUAACACAAACUUUUACAAAGACUUUAAUUGAAAUCUAGUCAAUUGUAUUCAUUAAGAAAAUCAAAAAUACAUGUAUACUCUGUACAUCAUUUCAUGUCUGGAUUAGUGGGGAGGAAUGUAGUAUAUUUCCGGAUUUAUUAGGAUUGUCUAAUUUGGUUUUGUAUACUAUGUGGGGAUAAUAAAAAAGUUAGUUCUAGUUCCGGUGCUGGUGUUCCUCGUGGUUAUUUAUGUACCACUG